AGGUUUCCCCUGCCUACGAUUAUCCGUCUAUUUCCCACCUCCUCUGAGUCUCGAAGUUAUGGACUUGAGUCUUGAUGUUAAAUAGACACAACACCACCAAUUGUUAGUCACCCUCACGACCCCUGCAGUUCCAAUGAAGAUGAUGAAUUAACCUGCAAAAUCUUCAUCUAUCACCAACAACACACCCCGCAACACCGGGCGUCCAAGAACGUCAACCCCAUUUAUUAUACCCAUCCAAAAAAUAUAAUUAAAAAUGCACCCCACCGCUUGGCCCCAGUUUCUCCGCAAGUCCCAGGUGGCCGGGAACGACAUCAAUACGAACGGCAACGGGCCCCCCAAUUCUGCUUCCUCCUCGGGCACUGACCAAGCGGGAUGGCAGAAGGAACGACUGGAAGUCCCAAAGCGGAAAACCGGGCCGAGCAUGCUGGAACUGCAGGGCCGCAAACCGCGGAGUUCCAGCGUGGAGGUGCGGUCCGCUCUGUUUCCCGAGGACAACAGCGAGAUGAACGUGCGGCGGAAAAGUGCGACGGCACAACGCCGUCGAAGAUCUGGCGAUUUGCUUUCUGGGAUCAUGGAGUAUGAUCCAAAUGAAGUAGAUCUUUACGAGAAGGCGAAGACUUUGCAGAUGAAUCAAAAUCCAGGACAAAAGAAGCCAAAGAAGCAAGCCGUCGUGGUCCAGCCGGAGGGGGAGACGAAGUACUACUUCCCGGAUUGGUUUGCCGGACAGAGCAGCUCCAAUUCGAGUGGGGAAGAGGUGGUUCUUGCUGCGAAUAGAAACACCGCUACUCCUGUGGGGCUCAACAGUCCACCUCUCGUUGUCGAACCAGCCUUGGCAGCGGACAGAACUCCCCCGCCGCCUCUCAGCCCGGACAACACGAACGCUUUCCGCAGCGCGAAAGAGAUCAUCCGAGAGAAGGAAAACAAGAUGAAAUCUGUGUUGCAGCAGCAGAAAGUUCUGUCCGCUUUUCAAACAUCAAAGUCCACAGCCUUAGACAAGGAGAAAAAGCAGAAGGAAGUCGCCGAGAAGCUCGCGAAGAAAGCCGCGCAAUCCGCAGUUUUGUCGGCGCGCAAGAGCUUCGGCGGGAUGGCAGCAGCCGUCGCAGAGCAAGCGAAGAAGCGUGUUCAGGAGGCCGCACAAACUUCUGCGACGGGAGCAGUCGUUGGGAACAGAAGUACAGGAACGUCAAACAAUAUUGACAAUACCUUCGGUCAAUACGCAUCUGAGGCUAUGGUGACAGCUGCUGUGGUGCCGACAGCGCGAGACGAGAAAAAUGAGCUCAAGCAGAGGGAAAGCCAAAGUUUUGAAGAGUUUGCGGGUCGAAUCAGGAAGAACAAAGGGUGGAACACCGUUCGAAAGGAGGUUCUGCCCGCGACGUCAAUGUUGGCAAGAUUGAGGAACCUCAAAAGCGACCGGAAGUUGACAAAACUUUUGUCUGAAGAGCGCGACCUCCAGGACCGCGACCAUGGCGGGGACUACGAGUCUCUUCCUGGACAGCUGUAUCCUAGCGCUGGCAUCGGAGUGGCUGGCGUUCCCGUUCAGCCGAGGCUGUCUGCCGCGGAAAAUAGUGCUGAAAAUAGCCAGUUUCAAACCUAUGGGGAGCCACAAGCUGUUCGCCAGAGCCACAACAGAAUCAUCAGAGACGCUUCUAUUCGAGAAGAGGAAAAUAGUAGUCCUACGGCGGAAACGAGAACCGCAGCUCGUAUGUCCGGCAGCGCUGUCGGGCAGAAAACGCGACUGUCAAAUAAGCUGCAGCCCGCAUCUGCCCGCGCUAGCUUGGAUUAUACGGGAAAUAUCGCGGUAACAGACCGUCAAAUAAGGGGCGCGUCAGUACGCAGCAGUGACUUUGACUUUCCUGUGAGCCCCCGCUCUUCGAACAGAGCCACUCAAGUUACGGACGACCCGGUUUUCCAGGUGAGCUUUUGGGAGGGCAUCCGGGAGAAGUUACGCACGGGAAAUUUGAGCAAAGAGUUGAAACGCACGAUGACGCCGCCGUUAAGCCCGGAUGUUGCUACAAGGGCUAGUGCUGCGGAGAGAGCGGCUGGGACGUCAUUUCGGGGCGAGGUAGUACGAAAUCGAGGGAGUGGAAGGAGCAUGAAUGGCGCAAGUGGGCCUAUGCCUAUGGCGGGACAAGAUGAAUCUACUUCCGGUAAGAAGGCAAGGAGAAGCAGUAGAAUCAGUCGUGAUGGAGGUGCAUCAGCUGCACCGCAUGAGCGAGAAGCUCAGCCAUCAAACAAGAAGAUCUCCACGACAUCUUGCGUUUCAGACACGGUGUCUGCAGCUUUGCUCCCUCCGAAAGCCAAGCAGGCGCACGGUGGAAAAAGGGGCAGCAGAACCGCGAGGGAAAGACCUGUCAAAAAGGAUAGAAGGCGAGAAGAUGAUGUUCUUGAGAACUUUGACAGCGCGUCCGCCUCCUCCGCAUCGUCGUCCUCGUUUGCUGCAAGUGGCUCUAGUACCACGUCAAUUCCCGUCGCACGGCCCGGAGAUGUUGCUGAAACGACAUGGCGACAGAAGAUUUCGAACGAGAUCACCAAAGACGCCAAGAUGCUCUAUGAGUGGACAAGCAAGGCCAUGCAGAACGUCACCGCGAAAGUGGCGGUGAUUCACGAAGAAAGGAGGUCGAAGGAAUCAACAAGCGCGGCGAAUGAGUUGCAAGUUGCGGUUGAUAGGGAUGACGCAGUCGCAGAGGUAGAGGUGGAAAAUUCCGUCGCGAAUAAUAACGCAGGAACGAAAGCCAAAAAUACAGCAGCUGAUCAUGAUGUUGCACCGCGAAGCGGAGCGGCCACUUCGGCUCUGCAGGCCUUGAUGAACAAAUAUUUGACCACUCCUGCUGCAACAGUAACAGAACAAAAGCAAAACGAAAACACUGUCGUGGAAGAGGAAAACAAGCCAAGGCGAAGCACUGCUUGGACGGCGGCAAAGGCGAAAGCCAUGGGCGCGGUGGACACGCUGCCCGGGUUGCGAGAUUCUGCAAGCAAUUUGACCUCGGUGGAGAAACUCCGAGGUGGACCCAAGCGCGCUAGUGCGGCACAACUUCCAGUGGAAAGAAGUAGUGCGAAUUCGAAUGGAACCGCUCCUGGUCGUAGCAGUUCUCCAUCCCGCACUGAUGUGUCCCCUUCCAAAAUGCGCGCAAUGAUGCUUCUGUCCAAAAUAGCCUCGUCCUCGAGGAUGGACGUAGAGAAGAACGACAACGAGGUUAUUGUUGAUAAUGAUGCUCCACAAGAAGAAAAACGACUCACCUCUUCUCCUGGUGCAUCCGGCGAGCGUGUUUCGCGAAAUGAGAGGACAUCACAGGAGCAGGUGGAGAGGUUGUUGCCAUCAAACGCGAGAACUUCUCAAGCAAGCGAGAUAGUUGCCGGGAUGAACAAUGAAGAUGAUCAAGACGUCGACCGCGUCUCCGAAGAGCCGCUGGACCAACAAGUCAACCCACUGCAGGCUUUGAUGCAGAAGUACAAGGUCGCGAGGGCAGCCUCGGCGAUACCGGGGUCCUUGCCCGCAACAACAGUGCCAGUAUCAUCUUCUGCACAACAAGAAACAUCCCCACAGGACCCCGACAUCGACCCGAGCGCAGCGCCCUUCCACAGCCCGAAGAACUCGUCAUAUCCUGCGGACAACGAGGAGAACCUGUACGACCUGGAGGUGGGCAGUCUCCCCAGCAGACGUCUCGGGACUAGUCUCGUGACCUCUGAAUCUGUCCUGGUAGACAUCCAGCCGAAGGACAACGAGGAUUUUGUCCUUGUGAAGAAACGCCUCGCGCCGGACUGGGUCUCGAGCAACGGCACCACGGCGGCAGAAGUGAACCGAAUUCUCGAUUUGGCCGACGAAAAGGAAGAGCGGGAGGCCAUAGAAGCGGCGAAAGAACUGCUUUUACUGAAAAAAAACACCACCGCCUACAACAUUCUUGCAGCAGCAAGUGCUGGUGCUGCGGAAAAUAAGAGCACGACGCCGAAGAAAAAACACCGCUCGCGAGAAGAUUUCUCCCCUUUCAAGCGCACGGGAGUCGUCGCUGUUGUGGGAGAUGAUGAAAGAGGAGAAGGCACCACGGAAGCUGCUCCUGAAGACCAAACUGAUCCAGAGGCAGAGGCAGAUGAAAAUAUCGUAGCAGCAAAGACAUGGCAAGGCAAGAGCUACGGCAAAAAUGUUUACCCGACGAACCAGCCACUGGUCCAGCCCGCCGGCUUUGAGUACAAUCUGACUGCUGCCCGAGCGAAGCAAAAGGACUUUCAGCGUAAGGUCGUGUAUGAAAAUCUCUUAUCCACCACCUCAUCGGACGACGCAGCUGAAGGCAGUGCUAGCAAUUCCAGCAGCACGUCAGCUACGGAUCACGACAGACAAAGAGAAAAAGCAGGGGUUUCUGUCGCUAGGUACUACGACAAUCAAUCUUACCCGAUCAUUUAUAACGGAGAUCCGAAAAAUUCUAACAAUUCUACACGAGGUCGAGGCCGCAGCGUGGAAAGCAAACGGUCCCGUUCGCCUGAGCAAGAACGUGCGAAAGAGGAUUAUUUCUUGCGGAAACUGAAAGAAGUAGAAGACCAGUACGAACGAACGCACUCGCCCUUCUCCCGCAUGGUGCCCGGGAAGUCGCCGAAAAACCUGCACCGAAAACUGAAUGCGGACCGGAGAACGCACGUAGAAAACCUGCUGUAUCCGGGUUUCGAUGUGCAUGGGAAAAAGAAGAAGAACAAUUCCGCUGACGGCGCAGAAAGCCCUAAUAUCAAAAGCAGGUUCUUUGAAUCAGAAAGUGGGAGCCUAAAUCUUUUCGGUAGGACGCCGGGAGCAUGGUCGUACGAAGAAGAGGGUCGUGAAGCCGGUGUGCUCCAGAACGCAGUAGACGGGAUUACCCUUACCGGGAAGAUCACGGACAGGAAGACGACGAGGAGGAGCCUGAUGAAGAAAAAGCAGGACAAUAGGAAUAGCAGCCUGUAUGAUGACGGUGAAAUAAAAGCCGGCCGUCAGAGCAGUGCCACUUCGGUGGACACAACAGUACUACAGCGGCAAGGGACAGCACAGAUCGCGAAAAGCGACUCUCUGAACGUCAUUGCGGGGAUUCUUGGAACUGAGAAUGGGAAUGACGAGGAAGAGCACGAUUGGGAAAAGCACAUCCCGGAGUUAGAAAACCUCGUAUCCAGCUUGUCCGAAGAUGACCCAGCACUGCAAGUGGUUUUGUCAAUGCUGCAAAACGCGCGGGCUGUGGUGGCGGAGGAGGAGGAAGUGGAGGAAGAUAUGGACGACGAGGGCUGA